CAGCACGUACGGCUCUCUCCUCGGAGGCCUUGGCCUGGUUAGCUCGAGAACGCGGGCCUCAGGGAAGGCCUCAAGCCUCAGGGGGAUUCCAGGAGCCGGCGACCCCCGUCCGUCGUGGGGGUGGGUUAAGGGACCCACCAUGAGGCUCUUCCGGCUAUUGUCUAGCCGCCUCCCAGCGGGUUCCUCUGCCCUGAGACUGCUGCGAUUCCCGGCUCCGGAAAACGGCACCCCGUGCCCGCCGCCACCGCCUCACGCCUCGGCCUGGAAGCGGCUGACGGGGACGACCCCGAGACCUCUGGGCACGUCGCAGCCGCCCGCCCCACGGACGGGCUCGGGCCCAAGCGGGCCGGACCCUCUCCCCCAGCCGGGCUCCGAGGAAUGCGAUUUUGGGACCCUGUCCGACACGUAUUCCUCCAGGAAGGUAUUUCGCAAAACAAGCCCCGAGUUUCACAACCUGAGGCUGAAGGGCCAGGACGAGCCGCCGGAAGAAGAGGAGCUGCGGAAGGUGCGGCGGGGUCGGAGGAACACCCCUUACUGGUACUUCCUCCGAUGCAAGGCUCUCAUAAAGGAAGACAAGCUGGUGGAAGCCCUGGAUCUGUUCGAGAGGCAGAUGCUGAAGGAGGAGCGCCUGCAGCCCAUGGAGAGUAACUUCACCGUCCUCAUCGGGGGCUGCGGACGGGUGGGCUACCUCAAGAAAGCCUUUAAACUCUACAACGACAUGAAGAAACGGCAGCUGGAGCCGACGGAGGCCACGUACACGGCCCUGUUCAACGCAUGCGCCGAGUCCCCCUGGAGCGACUCGGCCCUGCGGGCCGCCCUCAAGUUACGGCAGCAGCUCCGCCUCAGGAACGUCCGGCUCAACCUGAAGACGUACCACGCUCUGCUCAAAGUCACUGCCAGGUGCUCGGACCUCAGCCUCUGCUUCGACGUGUUAAAGGAAGUCGUGGGUCAAGGACACGCUGUCACCGUGGAGACUUUCAACUUCCUCCUCAUGGCCUGCAUCCAGGACAAGAAGAGUGGCUUCAGAUACGCGCUGCAGGUCUGGAGGACAAUGUCGAUGUGGGGAAUCAAGCCCGAAGGCCACAGUUAUAACCUGAUGCUGCGGGCCGCCCGGGACUGCGAGAUGGGCAACCCCGCGUUGGCUUCCGAUUUGCUUCUGGGCGCCGGGGAGCGAAGACCUGCCCUCAUCCAGCCGAGGACAGGGAAACGGGGUCCGCCGGGGAGCAGUGCCGUAACCCUACUGGACGUGGAGUUUCUCGAAAAGCAGAUGUGUCGGGAAAGCGUCAGGGAAACCGAGGAACCCCCAGUCCUCGCGGAAACCCAAGCCGCCGGCCGUGAGCGACUGGAGCCGGGAAAGCAAACUGCGCCGGGGGGGGACGCGGCCCCUAGCCGGAGUCCGGCCGGGCUGGAGCCGGUAGGAUUCGCCGGGCCCGUCUGCCCCCCCCGGCCCAACCUGCUGGACCUAAAAUCAGCCCACCAGAACGUAGCGGGCCUGGGCGGCGCCGCCACCCCGGCCGACAGGCUGGCGCUGAUGGGGGACAUGGAAGGUUUCCUGGGCCAGAUGGAGAAGGACGGCGUGGCGCCCGACAUCAAAACCCUCACGCUGUUGGCCGAGGUGGUGAGGCCCGACCGCCGGGCCGAGGCCUCCCUGUUGGCCGUUCUGGAGGAGCACCGGGUGGAAGCGGACGUAGCCUUCUUCAACACGCUGCUGAGGAAGAGGAGCAAAAGGAAGGACCUAGAGGGGGCCAAGGAGCUGCUACUCGCCUUGGCCCAGAGGAGAAUGUACCCCAAUCUGCAGACCUUCUGCAACCUCGCUAUCGGUUGCACCCGGAAGAAGGACGGGCUGCAGUUACUCAAGGACAUGAAGGAGGUAGGGAUGCGUCCCAACGCGCACGUGUACAGCACCCUGAUUAACGCCGCGGUGAAGCAGCUGGACUACGCUUACCUCAUAGCCCUCCUGCGGGACAUGAGGCAGGCCCAGGUCCCCGUCAACGAAGUGAUCGUCCGCCAGCUGGAGUUUGCAGCCGAGUACCCGCCCUCCUUUGACAGGUACAAGGAGAAGAACACCUACUUGGAGAAGGUGGACGGCUUCCGCGCUUACUACAAGCAGUGGCUGCAGGCGAUGCCGGGAGAGGAGACCCCCCACCCUUGGCAGAGGUUCAGGAUCAAGGCCGAAGACCCCCAGGACCCCCAGAAGGAAGAACGGUGACGCAGACGGGUCGGCCCCGGAGGCUUGAAUAUCUCCAUCCCCGGCCGUAGCUCUGCGAUCCGACUCCCAGACGGACUGUAAAACCCAGAGAUCCACCCGGAAUAAAAACGUUUACCGGACGGUGGGUCGUUUUAGGGGUGAGGGAAGCUCCCGGCCGCGAACGAAACCCGUUAACGGCGACUCUAAAGGGGUCCGUCACUUGCCGCGGUUCAGAUGAUGCUUCUUCUCCACAUUUUAAGUUCGGGUUUGCUCUCUGGAAGCGUUGAAGACCGAAGCGCCUGUUUCCUUGCGUGGCCUCAAUCCGCCCUCGUCGUUUCUCUGCCCGCUCCUGGAGGCUCGGGCCUACCAGAGAUGCUCGCUGUUUUAAACCCAGAGAGGGUGGGAGUCUUCUCUGCCCCUCCCCUU